AUGUUCCGUGACUUGUCAUCAACGCAUCCGACAAUCUGCGGUCUAGCCGACAUCGGAUUCAAGCUACCAAAAGGCACCAUUCUUGUCGACAUGAUCAAGGUACUAGAGUACCAGUCUAGAUUUCGAGACAUGCCACUAAAAGUCAAACGCUACAUCAAUAGUUGCCUGAAUGUUGACAUGCGCGACGGGGUUCGUUUUGGAGAAAGAUUCGACGCAAGCGACAGUGGCGCACUUGCGUCCGACUUCAAUAAACACGCGCCAAAAUAUGGCCAAACCGACGAGUGGCGUGAGAUCAUCCGUAAGAAAGAAGACCUUCCGGCUGGUACUUUGUUGGGGAUUCUUGGGCCCGAGGCAGAAGCCCACCUGCGGCAGAUUAAAAAGAUAGAGAAGAUAUACACACUAGAGAGGGAUGGGCGCUGGGGAAUCGACGAGGCAAAGCAAGCAAAGGAGGAUUACCAGAAGCAGCUUGCUAUGCUACGCCAACAGACAAUUGAGUAG